AUGACAGUCCCUACCUUGAGGAUAGGCGUCGACGUCGGCGGAACAAACACAGAUGGCGUCAUCCUCGAUCCAACCUCCUCCUCCCCUUCCCUCGGCAUCCUCGCCACCCAAAAGACCCCAACAACACCCAACCCAAGCACCGGAAUCACAACCGCAAUCUCCCACAUGUUCUCAACCUCCAACAUCCCCCCCUCCCGCAUCGCAAGCGUCACAAUCGGCACAACGCACUUCAUCAACGCCGUGAUAGAACAAGACGCAACCCGCCUCGCCCCCGUCGCCGUCAUCCGCCUUUGUGGUCCUUUCUCCGCAACCAUCCCCGCCGGCGUCGACUGGCCUCCCGCCUUGCGCAGAAUCAUCUGCGCCCACCGCUCUCUCGUCGACGGCGGGUUGGAGAUUGACGGGGACUUGAUUGCGGAGCUCGAUGAAGACGCUGUGCGGCGCGAGGUAGAGGUUAUUCGCGCCAAGGGAAUCAGAAGUAUCGUCGCUGUGGGGAUUUUCAGUCCCAUUGACGUCGUGUAUAGACAGGAGGAGAGGGCGGCGGAGAUUAUUCAUGAUAUUUACCCCGGAGCUGACGUGGUGAUGUCAAAGGAUGUGGCGAAUAUCGGGUUUCUUGAGCGUGAGAACGCGGCUAUCCUCAACGCUUCCAUCCUUCCUUUCGCCAGACGAACCAUUCGCUCCUUCCAGGAUGCCGUUACACAGCUAGGGUUGAGAUGUCCCGUCUUCGUGACGCAGAACGACGGGACGAUUCUGCCGGCUGCGGCGGCGGCGCGGUUGCCCAUCAGGACAUUCUCCAGCGGACCGACGAAUAGCAUGCGCGGUGCGGCGUUCCUCACGAGGAACUUGGAGGAAGAGAAGGAGGGGGCGGGCCCGAUGAUGGUAGUCGAUAUCGGCGGGACAACGACGGACGUGGGAUUAUUACUGGCCAACGGGUUCCCCAGACAGGCGGCGGCGUACAGCGAGAUCGCCGGAGUACGGACGAACUUUUCCUACCCAGAUGUCAAGAGCAUCGGGCUCGGAGGCGGAUCUAUCGUCAAGAAAGACGAGCGCACCGGCGGGAUGGUGAUUGGGCCACAGAGCGUGGGAUAUCAAAUUCAGACCAGGGCUCUCGUUUUCGGCGGCGAUGUCGCGACGGCUACGGAUUAUACUGUACUCGCAGAUCCAGACACCGUUGAUAUCGGAGACCGGUCUCUCGUCGAAGGUACAAGCGGCCUCGCUGAUGACGUACCAGCAUUCAAGGCCAAGGUGAAGACGAUGCUGGAGCGGAUUGUAGACACGAUGAAGACUUCGCCCGAGGAUAUACCCGUCGUUCUUGUCGGCGGAGGCGCGGUUAUUGCGCCGGAUGAGUUGAAGGGGGCGAGCAGGGUUGUCAAGCCUGCGUGGUCUGAGGUUGCGAAUGCAAUUGGGGCUGCGACGGCGAGGGUUAGUGGUGUUGUUGACUCGAUUGAGAGCACUGAGAUGAAGAGCGUGUCCGAGGUUGUGGAGGCUCUGUCGCGGAGGGCUGUUGAUCGGGCUGUUGAGAAUGGGGCUUUGCGGGAGAGUGUAACUAUUGCUGAGGUAGAGAGUUUCCCUUUGCAGUACAUUGCAAACAAGUCACGAAUCAUCAUCAAAGCCGUAGGAGAUUUCGACUUUUCCAGAACAGCAUCCCUGGACACAACCACGAUCCCAGACGACAUCGACAACUACGACGAAGAAAUACCUAGACCACCGGCACCGCCUCAAAGCGAGGAAAUCCCAUCACCGCAACCCUUGGUCUACACAAAAGACUACAUUGACGGCUACAAGCCAAAAAUCCUCAACCGCCAAUGGCAUAUUUCCGAAACAGACCUUGACUGGAUCACAACAGGCUGCUACAUUCUCGGCACAGGAGGCGGUGGCUCACCUUAUCAACACAUGCUCCGCCUCCGCGAAAUGAUGCGCGCAGGCGCCACGGUCAAGAUCAUCUCCCCUUACGACCUCAAGGACGAUGGUGUUGUGGCCUGCGGCGGCGGGAAGGGGUCGCCACAAGUAUCUAUCGAGAAGCCGUAUGGUGAUGAAAUCAUGGAGUCGCAGAGAGAACUCUACGCAUACCUCAAAACGGAGCCAACGGCCGUGAUAUCCCUCGAGAUCGGAGGUGGCAACGGGCUGCAGGGCCUCAUCCUCGGCGCCAGUACAAAUCUCGAUAUUCCGACAAUCGACGGUGACUGGAUGGGCCGCGCGUAUCCCAUCUCCCACCAGACGACCCCUGUAGUCUUUGAGAAGAAAGCUACGAUGAUUCCAUCGUGUAUAUCAGAUGGAAACGGCAGAAUCAUGCUCAUGACAAAAGCCCGCACAGAACUCGACGCAGAACGCGCCUUCCGCGCCGCCCUCUCGCAGAUGGGCUCCCAUGUAGGCUGUGCAAAGGGGCCAGUGAGCGGCCGCGAUACCAAGUCCUGGGUCGUCGAGAACACCAUAUCGCUCUCCUGGAGGAUUGGUCGAGCCGUAGCGAUGGCGCGGUGCACCAAUGCCAUCGACACAGUCGCCGAGGCUGUUGCUGAUGUCGUUGGCGGGAAGGAGUCGGCGAGGGUUCUGUUUAGGGGCAAGAUCGUAGGCGUCGAGAGGGUUACGAGGAUGGGGCACGCUUAUGGAGAGGUUAUCAUUGAGGGGUAUACUGACGGCGGUAGUGGUGGCGAUGGAGUUGAGAAGUUUGUUAUACCGUUCAAGAAUGAGAAUAUUCUUGCAAAGAGGGUUGAUGCCAGUGGGAAGCAAGAUAUCCUCACAAUCGUACCAGACCUAGUCUGCGUCCUCGACGCGCAGAACGGCGAGGCCCUCGGCACGCAAGAGUACCGGUACGGGCUUCUCGUGGUGGUUCUCGGCAUCACGGCGUCAGACAAGUGGACGUCCACGGCGCGGGGCAUCGAGAUUGGCGGGCCGAAGGGGUUCGGAAUGGAUGGGUUGGAGUAUGUGCCUCUUGGGACGUUUACGAAGCCGCGGAGCGUCAUUGAUGAGUUUGGGGGCUAGUCAUGAUUGUUCAAGAACUUGGGGG